AUGAAGGGCCUGUCCUUCAGAACCGGCGCGAUUGGUGUAUGGCAGCCGAAGUCGAGCAAUGUUACGAACUUGCUGCUCAUCAUCUCAGCAUGUGUCUUCGCUACUACCCAAGGCUAUGACUCGGCCCUUAUGACGGGCCUCAACAUUAUGCCGCGGUAUACGCAGGAUCUCGAGCUUGUCACGGCGACCAUUUCCUUGAACUCCGGAGGGACCCUUGUCGGCUGGGGUAUUGCGUCGUUCUGCAUGGGCCCUGUCGUCGACAAGGUUGGGCGCAAAUCCGGCAUCGUCGUUUCCAUCGUGAUCAAGACGAUUGGUAUCAUCUUGAUGACAGCGGCCAUACAUGAGGCUAUGUUCAUCCUCGGCCGUAUCAUUUUGGGUUUUGGUUCUGCGACAGCUGCCAUCGCAUCAUCCGCCUGGCUAGCAGAGACUCUCCCCAUCAGCAUUCGAGGAAGAGGCUUGAGUAUCAUCUACUGCGUCUACUACGUUGGAGCACUGACAGCCGCUGGAGUCACUUAUGGCACAGCAAACUAUGACAGCUCUUGGUGUUGGCGUCUCCCAUGCGCCUUGCAGGCUAUCUUCGCCCUCCUGUGCUGGUGUGUGUUGUGGUGUACGCCAGAGUCGCCUCGCUGGCUGGCCCACAAAGAUCGCACGGAGGAAGCUCUUCUGGCCCUUGCGUCUACUCAUUCCAACGGCGACCGUAAUGAUCCCGUUGUCCUGGCACAGCAUCGUGAGAUCCUGGACACGCUUCAGUUCGAGCGCGACUCCGGUCAGAAGACAACGUACAAGCAAUUGUUCAAGACAAGGAACUCGCGCAAGCGCGUCAUGCUGGUCAUGUCCGUGGCUAUCAUCGCCAUGAUGAGUGGUAACAACAUCAUCGCAUACUACUUGGGCUCCAUGCUCAAUGCCGCUGGAAUCACUAACACCACCACACAGCUUCAGAUCAACAUCAUCUUGAACGCAUGGAGCUUCUUGUGUUCAAUCGUGGGAACAUACUACAUGGACAAGCUGGGCCGCAAGACACUGUGCCUGUUCGCAUGCUCCUCGAUGACGGUUUUGCUUUUUGUCGUCGGAGCAUUGACUAAAGUCUAUGGCGAGAGCAUCAACACUUCGGGAAUAUACGGGACCGUUGCUGCCAUCUUCCUCUUCCAGGGCGCGUAUAGCGUCGGCAUCACGCCUCUCACUCAGCUCUACCCGCCGGAAGUUCUCAAUUACGCCAUUCGCAGCAACGGCAUGGCUGUAUGGACUCUGUCGGCCGCAUGCUUCGGUCUGUUCUCGGCUUACAUCCCACCGUUCGCCCUGGCAGCAAUUGGCUGGAAGUUCUACAUGAUCAACGGCGCAUACGACGUGCUGCAGGUUAUCUACGUGGCAAUCUACUGGGUUGAGACCAAGGGCUUGUCACUCGAGCAGAUCGAUCGACUCAUCGACGGCGAGAAACACAGCGAUGUGCCAGACGCGAUAGUACAUGGUGUAGCCAUCGACUCGCAACGACGCAGUGAGGAGCUUGGGCAGGAGAAGAAGAGCGAGAUCAUUAAGGUGACCAGCGCUUCAGCAUGA